CCGCUCGGGUCCCCUUCCACACUGUGGAAGCUUUGUUCUUUCGCUCUUGCUCACUUUUUGGGUCCACGCUGCUUUUAUGAGCUGUAACACUCACCGAGAAGAUCUGCAGCUUCACUCCUGAGCUAGCGAGACCACGAACCCACCAGAAGGAAGACACUCUGAACACAUCCGAACAUCAGAAGGAACAAACUCCAGACGCGCCACCUUAAGAGCUGUAACACUCACCGCGAGGGUCUGCGGCUUCAUUCUUGAAGUCAGUGAGACCAAGAACCCACCAAUUCCGGACACACUAUUGUUCCCUACUUGGGCGAUGUGAUCAGCAGAAGCCCAAUCUUCAGCAUCACACAGCGUGCCCUGGUAACCCCUGCAUAUAAAAUUAAAUUAAAUUGAAAAAAAGGAAAAGGGCCAAGUGUGGUGGCUCACAUCUGUGAUCCCAGCACUUUGGGAGGCUGAGGCAUGAAAAUUAUUUGAGGCCAGAAGUUCAAGAGCAGCCUAGGCAACACAGCAAGACCCUGUCUCUACAAAAAAAAAAUUUAAUUGGCUAGGUGUGGUGAUGUAUGCCUGUAUGUCUAACUACUCAAGAGGCUGAGGUGGGAAAAAAAUUGCUUGAGCCCAGGAGAUCGAGGCUACAGAGAGCUAUGACCACCACUGCACUCCAAACUGGGCGACAGAGUGAGAUGAACCCAUCACCCCCCGACCAUAAAAAAGCAGAAGAAAUGAAGAAAAUAAAAAAGCAGGCUCUCCCCGGAGGCUCAGCCCCCUCUGCUCCCCAUGGGCAACUGCCAGGCAGGGCACAACCUGCACCUGUGUCUGGCCCACCACCCACCUCUGGUCUGUGCCACUUUGAUCCUGCUGCUCCUUGGCCUCUCUGGCCUGGGCCUUGGCAGCUUCCUCCUCACCCACAGGACUGGCCUGCGCAGCCCUGACAUCCCCCAGGACUGGGUCUCUUUUUUGAGAUCUUUUGGCCAGCUGACCCUGUGUCCCAGGAAUGGGACAGUCACAGGGAAGUGGCGAGGGUCUCACGUCGUGGGCUUACUGACCACCUUGAACUUCGGAGAUGGUCCAGACAGGAACAAGACCCGGACAUUCCAGGCCACAGUCCUGGGAAGUCAGAUGGGAUUGAAAGGAUCUUCUGCAGGACAACUGGUCCUUAUCACAGCCAGGGUGACCACAGAAAGGACUGCAGAAACCUGCCUGUAUUUUAGUGCUGUUCCAGGAAUCCUACCCUCCAGCCAGCCACCCAUAUCCUGCUCAGAGGAGGGGGCUGGAAAUGCCACCCUGAGCCCUAGAAUGGGUGAGGAAUGUGUUAGUGUCUGGAGCCAUGAAGGCCUUGUGCUGACCAAGCUGCUCACCUCGGAGGAGCUGGCUCUGUGUGGCUCCAGGCUGCUGGUCUUGGGCUCCUUCCUGCUUCUCUUCUGUGGCCUUCUCUGCUGUGUCACUGCUAUGUGCUUCCACCCGCGCCGGGAGUCCCACUGGUCUAGAACCCGGCUCUGAGGGCACUGGCCUAGUUCCCGACUUGUUUCUCAGGUGUGAAUCAACUUCUUGGGCCUUGGCUCUGAGUUGGAAAAUGUUUUAGAAAAAGCGAAGAGCUGGAAUGUGGGGGAAAAUAAAAAGCUUUUUUGCUCA